AUGUGGGGGGUUGAAGUUCUUAGUCUACACAUCCAUGCAUCAGUGCAACCUUCAUUGCAGCAGUGCACACUACAAGUGAGACCGUGGGCAGCUGUCCGCCCGUGCUGUUUCUUGGUAUCAUUCGAUUGCCAUCGCCUCCAAAUUUCUGGUCAACUGGAAGAAGUCGACUCCAAAUGGCGAGAAUUUGACGGAUCUACGGUGGCUCUGAUGGUUAUCAAACAUUGUCCUUUCGUCGCGAUCCCCGAUACAUUCAAUGAAUUCCACGAACUCAUCAUCGUUAAAAUAUAUAAUUCGACAAUCGUCGACUGGAGAGAAUCGGCUGCAAUUACGAAUACGAACCACCCGGCAUUUUUGACUCUUAUGGUCUUUUGUGCUACUAAUCUUCGUCAAGUUCCAGACGAUCUCGACCUAAAGUGGCUAGCAGGAUCGAUUGUCAUCAUCGAAUACAGUCAACUGCAGGUCGUUUUCCAAGCUCUAUUACGCCGAACUUCCACCUGA